GAUGCUAUUGAUACUCAACUUAUUAAAUGUUUUUUUAAAUAUUGUGAUAUUUUAGUUUUAAGUGACAGAUUAGAAGAAAAUUUAAUUUUUAAUUAUAAUCAAGUUGAAGAUUAUAAAGUUAAAAGCUCUAAAGAUAAUGACUUUGAAGCUAAUAAACUUAUUUUAUUAAAAAAAAAUAAUCUAAAUUCAACAAAACUUCAACUUUAG